AUGUUAUUUCGAAUACAACCAUUAUUUUCAUUAUAUCUUCGUCGAAUACCUUUAUUUCGAACUCGAAUAUAUGCUUCAUCAACAGCUCCACAUUCAGAUGAAGAUUGGGAACAAGAUAAAAAUGAAAAUGAAAAUGAAAUACAUGAAGAUGAACCAAGUAUUGCUUCUAUGAUUGGACCAUAUAUAUCAUCAAAACAAAUAGCAUUUCAUACAGGACAAUUUGAUUCUGAUCAUAUUAAGAAAAAAAAUAAACAAGCUUUUCUUGAUGUUAUUGAAGCAUAUAAAAUACAAUUUCCAAAUCGUCGUGGUCAUGUUGAAUUUAUUCGAGCUGCACUUCGACGUAUGAAAGAUUUUGGUGUUGAACGUGAUGCUGAAUCAUAUAAAAAACUUUUAUCUGUUUUUCCUGUUGGUCCUUAUCGUCAUCAAUCAAUGUUACAAGUAUCUGUUAGAUUUUGGCCAAAACAAAAUGAAACAGCUUCAGCUAUUAUAUCAGCUAUGGAAUCUCAAGGUAUUCCACCUGAUCUUGAAGUUGUACAUAUGUUAAGAGAAAUAUUUGGUCCAUGGGCACAUCCUGUUCGACGUUUUGCACGUUUUCUUUAUUGGAUACCAAAAUUUAUAAAUAAAAAUCCUUAUCCAAUACCAUGGGAAUUACCUAAUGAUGAACGUAUAUUAGCUAAAUUAGCACUUCAACGUAUGACAUCAACUGUUGAUAUGGAAACAAAAUUUAUUGAUAUACAUUCAGCAACUGAUAAUUUAUCUAAUAUUGAACAUCCAUCUGAAGAACAUUCAUGGUUAAUUUAUACAUAUACACCAAAACAAAUUAAAUUAACAUUAAAUUUAUCUAUUGAUAGACCAAUUUAUAUUGAAGGUCCAUAUGGAGUUUAUUUAAGAAAAAAACAAUUACAAUAUUUUAUUUUAAAAGCUGAUCCAUCAUUAGAAUAUUGGGAGAAAAAAAAAGAUUUAGAAAAAUUUAAUACAGAUGAUGUUUCUAAUCUACGAUCACCUUUUCAACCUGGUGCUACUUUAUAUAUACCUCCAUCUGUACAUGAACUUGAUGAUGGAAUUAUUUUAUCAUUAUGUAUUAUAGGUAAACCAUUUACAUCAUUAAUUAAUUGUUGGUUAGAUCAUUUAAGACAUCAUUAUAUGCCUCAUCUUAAUCGUAUAACUAUUGUUGAUAAAACAAAAUUAACUCAAGAAAAACAAAUUAAUCGAUUUUAUACAUCACAUCUACUUGGUACACCAGAAUUUACUAUACCUCAUGAUACAAAAAGAUUAGCUGAAGAACCAAGACCAUGGUGGUUUAGAGAUAAAACUAAUGAUGAAGAUGAAUAA